UUCGAAACAUGGUGAUGUAUUUGAAUUAUACUUUGGUUCUUGUAAAUAUUUAAUGAUAAGUGAUCCGAAAAUAGUUGAAAGAGUAAUGAGCCCCGUAAAAGAUAGCAAUUAUUUUGUGCGUAUUACGGCUAAAGAUGGAUUAGACGAAUUAAAGAAGGGAAAUAAUGGGUUAUUAUUUAACGUUGAUUUCAAUUCUUGGUCUUAUAUUAGAAAAUUUUUUAAAGUUAUAAUGACUCCUAACGAUUUAAAAUUAGUUACAGUAACCAAUACUUUUCAAGAAUUAGAAAAUUUUUGGAAUUCUUUAAUUGAUAAUUAUGGUCAAUUUUUGAAUGAUGAACAUGAAAAAUCUUUUGAAAUUGAUUUUGUACCUUGGUCAAGAAAUUUUUUUGCUGAGACAAUAAUGCUUUUAACUGCCAGUAAGAAACUUGAUUUAUUACCAAAUCAUUAUAAUAAGAUCACAAAGAAUCUCAUCAAUUCUCAAAAUUCAAAUGAAGAAGAAUUUUUGGAUCGUUUAAUUCUUUCUUCUGAAUGUGUGCAAUAUUUUAUAGUUGUUCCGCCAUUGAUACGUAAUUUUCCACUUAUAAAAUUUUACACAAAUUAUUUAUACAAGAAUUUAACUUGGACAAGAAAUUACGUUUGUGAUCUGGUCAAGGAAAAUAGAAAAAUAAUUGAAUCCAUCGAAGAUAAAGAGAAGUUACCUUUUGAUAUUUUAACUAUGUUAUUAACCGCCAAUACACCAAGAGACAUUACUCAUAGUAUUUCUAAUGACAACAACGAAAAACCUAUGAUGCCUAUGACUGAUGAAGAAGUUGCUGAUAAUAUGGUAGAAAUACUUAGUGAAGGAAUUGAUAGUCCUGCAAAUACUUUAUCAUUUAUUGUUUAUUACGUUGGAUAUAAUUUGGAGGUUGAACAACUUAUUAUUGAUGAAAUAGAGCGAGUAUUUGGUCAUGGUCCUAAUUUUAACAUUACUUAUGAAGAUUUAAGUAAACUUGAAUAUAUCGAAGCUGUGAUAAAAGAAGCAUUAAGAAUUAGGCCAAUUACGGCAACUAUUUCUCGUUUUUCAGAAAAUUUCGAUCAAAUUGAUGAAUAUAAAAUUCCGUCAUCAACACAAUUAGCGAUUAAUGUUAUGGGUUUACAUAUGAAUCCAAACUAUUGGAAAAAGCCUAAUGAAUUUAAUCCUUCAAGGUUUUUACCAAAUAAUAACAAAUCCGAAAGUUUUAACAAAAAUGCCUUCAUGUAUUUUGGCGGUGGGUUACGUAUGUGUCCAG